CCGGCUCUCACCCGGUCUCUAGUAGUUUCCCUGGUGCUGACGCAUGCUUGCGCAUACAGCCGGGCCUGCCGCGUCCAACGCCGCAGCCGCGAGUCGGGCUGCGGGUGCCAGACGGUUCCCCACGGGGGCAGGGGCGGGACUCCUGGCAGAGGACGUGCGGCCGGGGGCUGGGUCAGGUUGGGGGCCCUAGAUUGGCUGCUGGAGUUUGGGGGUUCGGAUAGAACUCCCCAGGCCUGCUCCGAGAUAGCCCUGGGCACCGGCCUGACUCGGGUAGAUAAGGCUCCCGGGUCACCCGCUGCAGACGCGCCUUCCACCUCUGAGCGCCUUCUGCCCCGCUGGGGGCUGCGGCCGCACGGAGCAGCGGUGCUUCCGUCUGCCUGACUUCUCCCCUGCAGCCCGGAGGAGGGCCGUCUGACGGCUAACGAGUUGCCAUGGCAUCCUACUACGAGAUUCUAGACGUACCGCGGAGUGCGUCCGCUGAUGACAUCAAGAAGGCGUAUCGAAAGAAGGCUCUGCAGUGGCACCCAGACAAGAACCCGGAUAAUAAGGAGUUUGCUGAGAGGAAAUUUAAGGAGGUGGCAGAGGCCUAUGAAGUGCUAUCUGACAAGCACAAGCGGGAGAUCUACGACCGCUAUGGCCGGGAAGGGCUGACUGGAGCAGGAAUUGGUCCCUCCCCGGCAGAAACUGGUAACAUGGGGCCUGGCUUCACCUUUGCCUUCCGCAGCCCCGAGGAAGUCUUCCGAGAAUUCUUUGGGAGCGGAGACCCCUUUGCAGAGCUGUUUGAUGACUUGGGUCCCUUCUCAGAGCUUCAGAACCGGGGUUCCCGACACUCGGGCCCCUUCUUUACCUUCUCUUCUUCCUUUCCUGGGCAUUCUGAUUUCUCCUCCUCGUCUUUCUCCUUCAGCCCUGGGGCUGGUGCUUUUCGCUCUGUUUCUACAUCCACCACUUUUGUUCAAGGACGGCGUAUCACCACACGCAGAAUCAUGGAGAAUGGGCAGGAACGGGUGGAAGUGGAAGAGGAUGGGCAGCUGAAGUCAGUCUCCAUCAAUGGUGUUCCAGAUGACCUGGCACUGGGCUUGGAGCUGAGCCGUCGUGAACAGCAACCUUCAGUCACCUCCAGGUUGGGGGACACACAGGUCCGGCAGGCCCCUGUCUCCCGUCCCUCUGACAGCGACCUCUCUGAGGAUGAGGACCUGCAGCUUGCCAUGGCCUACAGCUUGUCAGAGAUGGAAGCAGCUGGGCAGAAGCCAGCAGAUGUGUUCUGAGCUGGAUAUCCUGGAUCCAGAGUUGCUGCACAGCUCCAACAGGACAGCGCCCUCCCCCCAUGUGCUGGGAGGGAACACUACAUUCCUCUCCCUCACCUAAGCUCAGUAUAGAGCUGGGGUCUGGGUGGCAGGUGGGCGCUGAAUGGGAGGCAUCCAUAGUCGUAACCUCUAAACUCUUUUCCGAGUUUUUAGUGCUGGCGCCUGUGGACUACAAGUCCCAGAAUGCAAUGCACCUGACCUCAUUUCUGCUAGCCUUAUCCCACGGGAAGUGGUGCUUGGUUAUAGAGCUGUGCUUCUUGGGAUAUGUAGUUCCAGCCCUGGCCAGCCUCUCUCUCUCUAGAUGGAGAGAUCUUGUCUUUCAACUUGUCUCUGGCAGGGGUGGUGAGAAUUGUGGAUGAAGGGGGAAAUACAAGAGCUUCAGUUCCCCUGACACUUCUUGCUAGCCCCAGGUUGGGGUGGGCAGACCAGAGUCCUGUAGCAUCUGGGAGAGGUAACUUUCCUGUGGGCAGUCUGGGGUCCAAAGAACAAGCCAGUGGGGCAGUGAACUGAAUAUGCAGGGUGUGGUACUGGAAGGCUGAUGGCUGUGGGCUGGCAAAUCUUGGAAGAGAAGGUUGCCUUGGCUGGCGUGUGUGUGGCUGGUAUUGGCAUGCAAUGGGAGUGUGGACAUGCUGUUGCUUGAAUGGCUUUCUUUGGCCUCUGACCCUGCUCCCCAUUCUUUCUCUCCAUCAUCCUCCAUGAGCCACCUCUCCUCCUCCCUGCCUGGGGAGCCCAAGGCCAGGGAGAGGUCUGGUGGAACAGGCUGUGGCCAGCUUCUGGAACAUUGAGCCUCAGAGACCUACUAAAGCCAGAUGAGCUGAGCUCAGACUGAGGGAAACUGGAAGUCAAUAAAGCUGAGUUUUGAGAGCUUGG